UUCAACUUUCCUUUCGAAACCCGUGUUCGGGUUCAGAUUACCCAUUUGGAUGUGACCGUUCCCGGACAACCUAUACAUACUUGUGCCCACUAUCACUGGUUAGAUUGGCCAGAUCGAGGUGUUCCUGAGGCUGACUUGGCACCGGUAGCACUACUUGGUAAACUUAAGGACAGUAUAACUCCGAUAAUUGUUCACUGCUCGGCAGGCAUUGGCAGAACCGGCUCAAUAGUGCUCAUUCAACACGCCUUGGAACUUCUGCAGCGGAAUCAACCUUUAUUGGAGAUCUCCACGUAUUUGUUGGAGUUACGUAAACAAAGAAAUAAUAGCAUACAGACAGAACAUCAAUACCUAUAUAUUCAUCAAGUUUUAUUGUUGUACCUGAAACACGCCAAAUAUCUGGAUGACAGCGUAACACCGCAUCUGGAGGCGUUUCGCGAAAGAUUACGCUAA